ACAUUUUCAUAUUUUAGAGUUCAACCCUUUUAAAUAAUAUCAACAAGAAUGAUUAAAUAUUCUAUACCUUUGUUGCUGAUCGCAUUCUCUGCGCAAACAAUUCAAGCAUAUUUUAUAACUGUUGAUGCUCAUGCGGAAGAAUGUUUCUACGACAGAGUUCCGUCUGGAACAAAGAUGGGUCUGAUGUUUGAAGUAGCCGAAGGUGGAUUCUUAGACAUUGAUGUGGAGGUUACUGGCCCAGAUGGUGAAAGCAUCUACAAAGGAAUCAAAGAGUCGAAUGGAAAAUAUGCAUUUGCUGCUCACAAGGAUGGAAUGUAUAAAUUCUGUUUCAGUAAUAAGAUGUCAACAAUGACUCCGAAAAUUGUCAUGUUUAGCGUUGAUAUUGGUGAUUCCCCUAAGAACGAUAGUCCAGAAUCAGAUGCUGAACACCAAGACAAAUUGGAGUCAAUGAUCAAUGAACUUUCUGUUGCAAUGACUGGUGUAAAACAUGAACAAGAGUAUAUGGAGGUUAGAGAAAGGAUACACAGAGCAAUCAAUGACAACACAAACUCAAGAGUGGUAUUGUGGGCAUUUUUUGAGUCCGUUGUUCUUGUUGCAAUGACUCUUGGACAGAUCUACUAUUUACAAAGAUUCUUCGAAGUUAGACGUGUUGUCUGAUGAUCAUCACUACAGAUAUAACAAAGAAUUUAUUUUUAUGUCACAAUUGGCUAUUUGUAGGCCAUUAGGCAAUACAGGCUGUUUGGAACAUGCUUUGCAAAGUACUAUCACAAAAUGCCUGGUUUUAUUUUAUAAUAUGCAGAGAUUGAGCACAGACUGUUUUAAAAUUAUAUUUUGAAGCUAUUUGUAGACACUAAAAAGGAAUUGUAAAAAGUAGGCGCUAAAUGUGUAAGUUGAUUCUGUUUGCUUGAAAGUUUAAUGUGCAGUUUUGAUUUAGUCUUUGGGGUUUGGGUUUACGGGUUCUUCUAGUCUGUUUAAAAUUACUAUAUACACUAUUGUUGCAUUUAAAUUUUAAAGAUUAGUUGGAAAUACAGAAUAUGAUCAGGAA